GGAGGGGUGGGGCCGGGGCCGGGGCCGCCGCCUCAGCCGCGCGGCCGGGCGGAGCGCGGUCUCACUCCGCUGCGGGCUGUCCACCGAGCAGCUGGGAGGAUGGGCCUCUCUGCCGCGGCUCCGCUGUGGGGCCCCCUGGGGCUGCUUCUGGCCAUCGCCCUGCACCCGGCUCUCUCUGUGUCCCCGGCCUCGGAGCCUGCGCACCGGGACUACUGCGUCCUGGGUGCCGGGCCCGCGGGCCUGCAGAUGGCCUACUUCCUGCAACGGGCUGGGAGAGACUACACUGUAUUCGAACGGGCCGCCAGGCCGGGCAGCUUCUUCACGCGGUACCCCCGGCACCGCAAGCUCAUCAGCAUCAACAAGAGGUACACCGGCAAGGCCAACGCCGAGUUCAACCUCCGCCACGACUGGAACUCUCUGCUCAGCCAUGACCCCCAGCUGCUCUUCAGACACUACUCCAGUGCCUACUUCCCCGAUGCUAGCGACAUGGUGCGCUACCUGGGCGACUUCGCGGACCGGCUGGGGCUCCGGGUGCGCUACAACACGACCAUUGCACACGUCACUCUGAACAAGGAUGGGCAGGCCUGGAACGGCCAUUACUUCAUCCUCACCGACCAGAAGGGCCAGACAUUCCAGUGCAGCGUCCUGCUCGUAGCCACUGGCUUGUCAGUUCCCAACCAGGUUGACUUUCCUGGCGCCGAAUACAUGGAUGGUUAUGAGUCCGUGUCGGUGGAUCCCAAGGAUUUUGUGGGUCAGAAUGUGCUGAUCCUGGGCCGGGGGAACUCGGCCUUUGAGACAGCGGAGAACAUCCUGGGCGUCACCAACUUUAUCCACAUGCUGAGCCGCUCCCGGGUCCGGCUGUCCUGGGCCACCCACUACGUUGGCGACCUCAGGGCCAUCAACAACGGCCUGCUGGACACCUACCAGCUGAAGUCCCUGGAUGGGUUGCUGGAGUCCGACCUGGCAAAUCUGGCCAUCGUGAAGGACCACAAAGGCAAGUUCCACAUCACCCUCAAGCUCUACCUGGAGGUAGGCAACCACAGCGCCGACGCCAUCCCCCUCCCCGAGGACGAAAGUGACAACUUCGCCAUGCGUGUGCCCUACGACCGGGUCAUCCGCUGCCUCGGCUGGAACUUCGACUUCUCCAUCUUCAGCAAGUCCCUCCGACUCUCUUCAGGGGGUGACUUCAGCAAGAAGUACCCACUGGUCAGAGCCAGCUACGAGUCCAAAGGGAGCCGGGGGCUCUUCAUCCUAGGGACUGCCAGCCACUCCGUGGAUUACCGGAAAUCUGCCGGGGGCUUCAUCCAUGGAUUCAGAUACACAGCGCGUGCUGUCCACCGGCUGCUGGAGCAGCGCCACCAUGGUGUCGCCUGGCCCGCUACAGAGCACCCCGUCACACAGCUGGCCAGUGCCAUCAUCCGGCGCAUCAACGAGGCCUCUGGGCUCUACCAGAUGUUCGGUGUGCUGGCCGACGUGGUCCUGAUGAAGGAGAAUGCCACAGCCUUCGAGUACCUGGAGGAGUUCCCCAUGCAGAUGCUGGCCCAGCUGGAGACGAUCACAGGAAGGCAGGCCCGGCACGGGCUCUUCGUCGUCAACAUGGAGUAUGGCAAAAAUUUCUCCGGGCCCGACAAGGACGUCUUCUAUUACGACCGGUCUGUGGGGUACACGGAAGACGCCUGGCUGUCCAACUUCCUCCAUCCUGUCAUCUACUAUUACAGGCACCUCCCCACCGAGCAGGAGGUGAGGUUCCGCCCAGCAGACUGGCCCCUGCCGCGGCCCACAGCCAUCCACCAUGUUGUGGAAGAUUUCCUGACGGACUGGACAGCCCCGGUGGGGCACAUUCUGCCUCUGAGGCGCUUCCUGGAGAAUUGCUUGGACACGGAUCUGCGAAACUUCUACGCAGAGUCCUGCUUCCUGUUUGCCCUAACUCGCCAGAAGCUGCCGCCCUUCUGCCAGCAGGGGUACCUGAGAACACAGGGCCUGGUGGGGACCGAGAGCCUGCGACGGCACGGAGUGGAGAGCGGGCUCCUGCAGGACUAUGCCGCUGAGGGCUGGCCCUGGCAGGACAGCAGCCAGCAGCCUGAUGACCAUGGGCCGGGAGGCUACACUCUGGCUCCAGGGCCUCCAGUCCAGGCCUUGGACAGCAACAAGGAGGAGCUCUGACGGCCAGGCUUCUCCCACCCAGGCCCACGGUCAGCCCUCCCCUUUCCUCAAGGUUCCACGCUCCCACCGACACGAUUGCCAAAGACCACUCCGUCAUCGCAGUGACCACAGCAAAGCCACACGGAGGACACGUAAGGACUGAGCGAUGGCCAUGCGGUAAUCUCCCCUCCUGUGGUCCAGAGAAGGCGUCUUCUACCAGAAGGAAGGGAGCCGCCUGCCCUGCCAGACUACUUGUCUAAAAAUACACGGGCCCGGAGCACCAGGCCGGCCUCGGUUCCGUCCCCAUCGAGUGUCCAGAGAUUGCUUUUCCUUCCAGUCUGCUCUCCAGGGCAGCCAGGAUCCUGCCUGCCCCUGGAGUGUUUUAACAAGUGGAGCCCAGCCUCAUCUUCCUAAGGGGUGCAGCCAGCACUCUAAAACCAACGCUGUAACAGCCUCGACCCGUAGGCCGGGUGGGACCUGUUUCUCCCUAAUGAAAAUUCAGAGAAGUUAGGGAAGUCCCAGGGUCCCAGCCAAGGGUCCCCCGUCUGGUCUGCGUAGCCCUAAAGCCUGUCCCGCCUCACCACCCUGCCUCUCCCCGCCCCCAGCCCUGCUUUCAGAAUCCCUGGGGCUUAUCAUCCUAGGCCAGCAGAGCUAGGACAGCUCUCUGCAGGGCCAUCUUAUCUAAGCAGAUCUCUCCCCAAGGGAGGAGCAAGCACAACUCCGAGCUGCUCUCCCCCAGGACCGCGCUCCCUGCCUUGCCUUCUGUGUUCUCUUCCCUUUCAUCCCACUCCUUUGCCCUCUGGCAUCCCCGAACAGCCCCUGCCUCUACCCUGCCCCAUUCCGAUUUGAAAAAUUGUCGCCAAGCUGUCUGUCAGCGGGGAUUCUUUUCUUUCCAAGGUGAUUCACUGCCCCGAGCCUGGCUCGUGUGCCAGGCAUCAUUUCGAAAUGCCUCUGUGAGAUAAUGAUGAUGAAUUUCGUUUCUGGUCCCCUGAAGUCUUCUGGCUCUUUUCACGGUCCUUCCUCACCCCCGGGAGUCUGCUCCCUUCUCACUCUCCCAUCAGGCCUUUUAGUCCCAUUGAUGAGGAAGCCAUGGGAAAGCAUUUGUAUGUAAAAUAAUCGUGGUGGCUUUUCAAAGCCCAGGAUCAAAGGUGAUUGCUUUCUGACUGGUUCUUACCAGUCCUUCUUGUGUCCCUAAGCAUCCAGGGAUGCGGGCUUUCUGGCUCCACAGCCCUUUGCUGGGAACAGCCUCUUCCUUGUGGCUGCGUCCAGAAUCCCUUGCCCCCUGGCCCAGCUGUCUGUCUUCCGGUCGUUUGCAGAGUGACACCGAUGAGACUCCUGAGACUCCAGCAGCCGCAGCUUAUCAAGGAGGAGGUGUCAACCCCAUGACAUUACUUGGCAUUAUUUGCCCAGAGCUGAAACUUCCAAAUGAAGGUUCUCUCCCUAAUCCCUGGGUGUUAGAUUCGCUGUAUUUCACACACGUUACGGGUCAACCGAAAUGGACGCCCACCCUUCCUUUUCCAAAACCUUUUAAAAAUAAUAAAUCUUCACGAGGACCAUACCCGUACCAUCCAACCCUGCUAUACACGUCUUGCCUGCCCAGUCACCAAAGGCUGGCUGAGCCCCCAGGUUCAAUAAAAUGUCGAGGUGCUAUAACCAGUGGUUUGCUGACGCCUCACUACGUGACGUCUGCUGCUUUUCCUGUCAUGUGCCAAAUUGUUGACUCCAUCGAAAUAUCACCAGCUUAUUUGUGUUUAACAUGGUUCCGUUCUUGCUCAGCUCACAAGAGACUUAAAAUUCCCUGGUGUUCUCCCUGUAAAUUAAUAGUUGGCUUCAAACAAGUAUCUUUUCCCGUGAAGGUCUUUGCUGCAUCUGCUGGAAUCUUAUCUAGAUGGGUCGCUUCUCCUAGCAAACCACCCACACUCCCACCCCAGGCUUUCUUGUAAAUCCUCUACCCCCACCCCCCAUGCCCAUUGCCUUAGGCAUGCCCCCUGCCGUCUUUGGUAUCUGCCUUCUUCCCCACUGUGUGUCUGAACUCACAUUUCCUGCUUCCUUGCCUGAGUUCCUUUUCUGAUCAAAUCUGGACAGCCCUCCAGCAGACACCAUUUCCAGCCAGAACGAGUUCCUCUUCUAGCCAAGGCCUGACUUUGUUCAGUCCUUUUUUAAAAAAAAUAAAGUUACCCAGGCGAAAUAGGUAAAUCAGCGAAACAAUAGGCCAGAAGCAGAGCCGAUUCUAAGUAAGACAGAGAGGAUAUUUAAAGGGAAUCACAGGAGUUCCCUGGUGGCCUAACAGCUUAAGGAUCAGCAUUGCCACUGGGUGGCUCGGGUUUGAUCCCUGGCCCAAGAAUUUCCUCAUGCCACAGGGAAAACCAAAAAACAAACAAAAAAAGGCAAUCACAGACCAAUGGAAAAGUUUAUACAGGACUGUGCAAUAACUAAUGUUGGACCAACGGGUUAAUAAUAUGAGAAAAAGGGACUAGUAUCCAUGAGGAUGUGGGUUUGAUCCCUGGCCUUGCUCAGUGGGUUAAGGAUCCGGCAUUGUGGUGAGCUGUGGUGUAGGUCACAGAACUCACACUGCUGCAGCUGUGGCACAGGGCGGCGGCUACAGCUCCGAUUCAACCCCUAGCCUGGGAACGUCCAUAUGCCGCAGGUGUGGCCCUAAAAAGCGAAAUAAUAGUAGUAAUAAUUUGGGGAAGAAAGUCUCAUUUUAGACCUCUUUAGUAUGAAAGAAAUUUAGUAUGAAAUUUAGAUUUCAUACUGCUCUUCAAAAUUAAUUCCAGAUGACUAUUCCAAAGCCAUAUAGAAACUGGAGGUGAAGAUUGGCUACUAUAGUAAAGGAAAGGGCUGGAGUUCCCGUUGUGGCUCCGCAGAUUAAGAACCCAAGUAGUAUCCAUAAGGAUGCAGAUGCAGGUUCGAUCCCUGGCCUCACUCAGUGGGUUAAUGAUCCAGCACUGCUGCAAGCUGUAGCGUAGGUUGCAGAUGUGGCUUGGACCUGGUGUGGCUGUGGUGUAGGCGGCUGCAGCUUCAACCCCUAGCUUGGGAACUUCCAUUUGCCACAGGUGCAGUCCUAAAAAGAAAAAAAAAAAAUUUUAAAUAAAAGAAAGAGCUUUCCAAGUUUAGGAGCAACAGAAGAAUUCCCUGGGGGAAAAGGGUUAAUAUUUCCAGGUAUACCCAGCUAGCCUAUACCAAAUUAAUGUGACUAAUUUUAAAGAAAAUUAAAGGGCAAAACAGCAUGGGCAAAAAUUAAAGGGCAAAACAGCAAAAAUAAUUAUGGCAGAAUACAACACACAAAAAUAAUAAAUAAGCCAGUAUCUGUUAUAUAAGGAACUGAUCGAAAUAAAAGAAAAAUGAAGAAUAGUUAAGUAAACUAUGGUACGUUCAGCCAAUGAAUAUUAUAAAGCCUUCAAAAACUCUAAAAAGUGGUAGAAAACCAUAUGGUAUCAGUACAUAUGUGACUAAGUUAAAAGACUCAGGAUGUGAAAUUGUAGUUACAAGUGCUUGUAACUAUAUAAAAAUAGAAAACCAUAUACAGGGAAACAAAAGGAAAUAUCCCCAAAUGCGGUAGUUUUCGGUUUGUAGAGGUCAUUUAUUUUUCCUUUUUCCUCUUUUGCCUAUUUGUGUUUAUACUCUAUGCAGAAAUAAAUUUGUCUAUUUUUCAAACCC